AUGUCUACCUCAAACAUUCCUCCAUCUGUCAAAGGAGCCAUUGAUGCUGACCCAUGGUUAACCCCUUUUGCUAAUGAAUUGGCUAAGAGAAGGCAAUUGGCUGAUGAUUGGUUACAAAAAUUUGAACAAACUGAAGGUGGUUUAGUUAAGUUUGCUGAUUCUUAUAAAGAUUAUGGAUUCCAAGUUGAUUCCAAAACUGGUAAUGUCAAUUAUAAAGAAUGGGCGCCAAAUGCUAAAGAAGCUUUCUUAGUUGGUGAUUUCAAUAAUUGGUCUACAGAAGGUUCAAAUCGUUAUCAAUUAACCAAGGAUGAAUAUGGUGUCUUUAAUAUAACUUUACCAAAAGGAACAAUUCCUCAUGAUUCAAGAAUUAAAAUUCUUUUAGUUUUACCAUCUGGUGAAUGGAUUUAUAGAUUACCAGCAUGGAUCACAAGAGCAACUCAACCACCAAAAGAAUCAAAAGAAGUUGCAUUUGAAGCAAGAUUUUGGAAUCCUGAACAUAAAUAUGAAUUUAAAAAUAAGAGACCAAUUCCAGGUGAAAGUUUAAGAAUUUAUGAAGCUCAUAUUGGUAUCUCAACUCCUGAACCAAAAAUUGGUUCAUAUAAAGAAUUUACUCAAAAUAUUUUACCAAAAAUCAAAGAAUUAGGUUAUAAUACUGUUCAAUUAAUGGCAAUUAUGGAACAUGCUUAUUAUGCAUCAUUUGGUUAUCAAGUUACAAAUUUCUUUGCUAUUAGUUCAAGAUUUGGUACACCAGAAGAUUUGAAAGAAUUGAUUGAUACUGCUCAUGGAUUAGGUAUUGUUGUUUUAUUAGAUGUUGUUCAUUCACAUGCUUCUAAAAAUGUUGAUGAUGGUCUUAAUAACUUUGAUGGUACUGAAUAUCAAUAUUUCCAUAGUGGUGGAAAAGGUUCACAUCCUUUAUGGGAUUCAAGAUUAUUUAAUUAUGGUAAAUAUGAAGUUUUAAGAUUCUUGUUAUCAAAUUUAAAAUUUUAUUUAGAUGUUUACAAAUUUGAUGGUUUUAGAUUCGAUGGUGUUACUUCAAUGCUUUAUUUACAUCAUGGUGUUGGUGCUGGUGGUGCAUUCAGUGGUGAUUAUAACGAAUAUUUACAUGAAAAUUCUGCAGUUGAUUAUGAAGCUAUUACAUAUUUGAUGUUGGCUAAUGAUUUAAUUAAUUUGGUUGCUAAAGAAGAAGGAACAAAUUUCAUUUCAAUUGCUGAAGAUGUUUCAGGUAUGCCAACUUUAGGUACACCAAGAUCUGCUGGAGGUGUUGGAUUCGAUUAUAGAUUAGCAAUGGCCUUACCAGAUAUGUGGAUUAAGAUUCUUAAAGAACAAAAAGAUGAAGAUUGGGAUAUAAAUAAGAUUGUUCAUACUUUAACCAAUAGACGUUAUACAGAAAAAGCUAUUGGAUAUUGUGAAUCUCAUGACCAAGCAUUAGUUGGUGAUAAAACUUUAGCAUUUUGGUUAAUGGAUGCUGAAAUGUAUACAAAUAUGAGCACAUUAUCACCAUUGACACCUGUUAUUGAUCGUGGGUUAUCGUUACAUAAAAUCAUAAGAUUAUUGACUCAUUCUUUAGGUGGUGAAGGAUACUUAAAUUUUGAAGGUAAUGAAUUUGGACAUCCAGAAUGGUUAGAUUUCCCAAAUGCUAAUAAUGGUGAUAGUUAUCAUUAUGCAAGAAGACAAUUCAAUUUACCAGGUGAUGAUUUAUUAAGAUAUAAAUUUUUAUACAAAUUUGAUGCUGCAAUGCAACAUUUAGAAUCUAAAUAUGGUUGGUUACAUAAAAAAGAUACUUAUAUUUCACUUAAGAAUGAAUCUGAUCAAGUUUUAGUUUAUGAAAAAGCUGGAUUAUUAUUCAUUUUCAAUUUGAAUCCAACUCAAUCAUUCACAGAUUAUAGAGUUGGUGUUGAAACUGGUGGUGUUUAUCGUAUUGUUUUGAACUCAGAUGAUAGUCAAUAUGGUGGUCAUGGUCGUGUUGAUAAUGAAGCUUCAAGAUUUUUCACAACUGAUUUAGCUUGGAAUAAUAGAAAAAACUUUUUACAAGUUUAUAUUCCUUCAAGAACUGUUUUGGUUUUGGGAUUAGAAAACACAAUUAAUUAA